GGCGCAACAUAUUUUGUUAAUAUAGUGAUAUGGAGUUAGUUUGAUGAAUUUGUGAAAGUGAAGGCCAUCCAGUCUUUAUUCUACUCUCAGAGAUUGUGAUUGCAGGGGCUCAUCCCUAUCGCCAUGGCGCUUUCUCCACCUGCAAAAACAAGCAAAGUCUCCGCGCUAAGUAAGUCUAAACAAGGUCACUCUUCUCCUUCCGGGAGUGUGAAAAGGAAGCUAUCAUUGCCGAAGGAGCGGCGCUCCAUUUCUAAAGAAAAUGAAAAUGGUGAUUGCAAGCAACCAGUGAUGAAAGAAAAUGAAAAUGGCGAUAGCGAGCAACAAGUGAUUAAAGAAAAAGGAGGAGCGUCCAAGCGGACGAAGUGUCCAGGGGUUCGUGUCAUCGGAGGGAGGGUUUAUGAUUCUGAAAACGGAAAGACCUGCCACCAGUGCCGGCAGAAGACAUUGGAGUUCAUGGCGUCUUGCAGAAAUGUCAAGGGGGGCAAAACAUGCACAAUGAACUUUUGCCCCAAAUGCUUGCUUAACAGAUACGGAGAAAAGGUUGAAGAAGCCUCUAAGUCCGAGGAGUGGAAAUGCCCAAGGUGUAGGGGGAUAUGCAACUGCAGUAUCUGCAUGAAAAAACAAGGAUGCGUCCCUACUGGAAUUCUUUCACAUGCAGCAAAGGCAACUGGCUUUGCGUCUGUGUCAGAUUUACUACAAUGCGAAGGACUUACUCUGGAUCAAGUUGAUGCUUUGAAUUCUUCACAACUGGAUGGUCUUUUUGAAUCUAUUUGUUCUGGAGCUAUGGAUGUGAAAGACCUUGCAAAGAAAUUGAAGCCUGUUCAGGGUUCUUUAAUUUCGAAACAGCCAACUGACAUGUCUUUAAAGAAACAAUGUAUUCCAUCUCUCAUUCAUCUCCUCAAAGAUGAGAAGAUUAAGAAGCUGUUCAAUAAAUGCUCUUCUCCUUCAAAAGAGGGAAACGUUCAGAAGUCAUUUGAUCAAUCACCCGCGCCUUUAGAUUUAAACGGCAUCUCAUGUUCUGAAGAAACGGCUAAUUUGAGUAAAAGCUCGAAAAAGAUCAAGAGAGAGAGGGGUGUUGAAGUCAAGAUGAUUGUUAAUGAAGAAAAACUGGGUAUUGACAAGAACGUGGAUAAGGCGUCAGAUGUCUCGAGUUCGGGUAACGGGGCAGUGACAACAAAAAAGAAGAGUAAAACUAAGAAAAAUGGCAAGAUCAAGGAAGAAAAGAAGGAUCUUAAAGAUAUACAGGGACCAAAGGGAGGGAACGACUCAGAUGUCCUAUCACGUCCUACCAUUUCAGAACCUUCAAAUCCUAAAAUUAAGGGCCAAGUUAUGACUGGAAGUAAAGAUGACAAAGAAAUUGAGGAUUCUACAGAUAUCACAGAACCGGUGCAAAGGCAAAAACAAACACAAUUGAAGAGAAAACAAAAGAAAGUUCAUCCUUCUGAGAUUUCUACUAGUACAGGAAAUGAAGCAACAGCUGAAAGUAAUCAUGGUCCUGAUGCUGCUGAGAGGAAAUCAAAGAAACAAAAAUCAGGCUCCACAAUUUCCAUUGAAAACAAGAAUACAGUCAAAGGUAGUGAAGGACAAACAAUUACUGUAACACAUCGUAAUAAAAAAAUUGCAGAAAAAGAUCUAAAUAUGAAGAAGCAUGGGAUUCCCAAGGAAGAGAAUGUGCCUAUUAUUUCACCGCAGGGCAAGUUGAUGAGCUCAGUGGCAGGUAUAGAAUUAUCAGCAGGUGAUGUUGGGCAAGCACUGCAGUUUCUUGAGUUUUGCUCAGCGUUUGAACAAGUUCUUGAUUUAAAGAAAGGUCUCCCAGAGUCCAUUUUAAGAGAACUGACACGUGGUCGUGUUAGUCAGCGAGGGAUGUAUUCAUCAAUUGUUCAAUUUCAUGUUAAGCUGUUAUCGUUGAUUGGAGAGGAUAUGGGAGAAGAGUGUGAAAUAUCACACUCAGGUAGUGGUGGAAAUUCAUGGGUGCAGGCUCUCAGAAGGCUUGUGACAAAAAAGUCUUCAUUACUGAAAGAAGAUGCCCAACCUAUGUCUUGCAAUUCAUCUUCAGAUGAACAACAGAGGCUGAGGCAAGAAAUAUGUCAAUUUGAUAGCUUUGCUAAUGCAAGUCUCAGAGGUGGAGUUGAAGGAUAUGAGAUGUUGGACCUUUCUAGGAAAUUGAGGCUUCUUAAUAUUCUUUGUGAUGAAAGCCUUAACACACGGUGCUUAAGGGACUGGAUUGAUUCUGCAAACAGUAGAUUUAAUGAAUACAAAAAAGAACACCAAGAGGAACUCAUGGCUGUAAAAGAAAAGGCAAAAGAAGCAAGACAAAGAAUGAAAGAUGAAAUGGCUCGUGUUCUUUUGUCGUCAAAGGAAGGAUCUACGCUAACAAUAAAUGAACAUGAUGAACUGAUUUCAAGAGUGAAACUGGAGGCUGAAAAAGCUCGGGCAGCAAAACAAGAUGCAUUAGAAGCAACUUCUAGAAUGAAGAGGCCAAGGUGUGAUGCUAUACGAACACAGCCUAUUGCUUUGGACGAGAAUGGACGAGCGUAUUGGAGGCUAAAGGGAGAAUCAGAUAGAUCGGUUUGUUUGCUUCAAGAUGUUAGCAGCUGGGAAUCUCUUAUUGGUCAUGAUCAAUGGUUUCUGUACAACGAAGAAGAGGAAAACAUUCUUGUUAAAUAUAUUUCUUGGACAAGGGCAUUGAAAGCUCGUCAACAUCAGCAAUGUCGAGUAUCUCCACAGUCGUGCAGCAAAAUAAUGGAUUCCGAACCUGUAUGUGCGAUUGAGAUUGCUUUAGAUUAAGCUAACAUCAAAUGCAGGGGAGGAGGCUGCUGCUGUUUGAAGGUUUAGCAGCCGAGCCGUCCAGUGCCCAUCCAUAUGUUUCAAACUAUCAGCAAAUCCUGAUUUAAUAUUGUCAGCUGAGCAAGCAGUUUUGAAAAGACUGGAUUUGACCUUAUCGUCUCAUUUCUGGAAUUCAUUAUUAGUAGCUUAAGUUCGUUUUGAGCCACAAAACAUUAGUAGUUGAAAUGCUUUCAGUAUUUGAUAUUCCAAAGGAUAUCCACGGCCCCACAAAUCUCAUCAAUGUAUUUUUUGUUUGAAUUGGCAAUCCAAAAGUUAAUAUCUGAAAAAUGAACACUAGAAGGAAUAGUGGUUUGAGGACGGAGGGGUGGACUUUGUUUCUUACUUGGGAUUGUGAGCUCUUCCCUUUGGAAAGAGCGUAUUAUUUGUGGGAUGGUCUCCCCUUUAUAAAGAGCUUAUUAUUGGUCA